CCCUCUCCCUGAGUGUCCCACAGAUAGGCAGAGCAGGGAUCUUGUUGUGUAUCUGUGCAAGUUGUUGUGUCUCUACAAUGACCACAUGUUGGCCGGCUUAGUCUGAAACCACUGCAAGACUGUUUGAUUGGAAAGUUUCAGUAAGUCCGUCUCUGUUUGUUGUGUUUUUUGACAGCUAUCCAACUGGGAAUUUCUUCUUGAUAGUCAUUUCUGUUCCCCGAACCAGAGUGACUGCUUGAAUUGCUGUAAACAAAACUGAAAAUGGAGCCCUUUCCUGACCAGUUCAUGGAAUUCCACCCCAUCCACGGUACCAAUGUCAGACUGGACCACUCAGGAACUCAGGCCACCCGGGUGGAGAGCUUUGCAAAUGGAGUGUGUUUCAGCAAACACCCUCUGAAGCCCGGGGAAAUUUUUCUCAUAGAGAUCGAGGAUAAGGAGCUGGGCUGGUGUGGCCACCUCCGGGUUGGCCUGACUGCCAGGGACCCCAGGGGUUUAGAGGUGGUACCUGAAUACUCCAUCCCAGACCUGACAGACUUAGGGGACAGCUGGGUAUUUGCCAUCACUCGCAACCACAACAAGAUCAUAGAGGAUACUGGAGCAGGAGGUCAAGAGGCUGGAGACGGAGGACUGGCUGGGGGCCAGAGACUUGGACGAGGGGAGGUUGAAGAUGGAGCUGGAGGUGAGGGAGAUGGAGGCAACAACAUCAAACCAAAGACUUUCUUCACUGACACUCACUUGUGCAUUGAGAAUGUUCGGAUCCCCAGAGACAAGCUGGUCGGUCGGAGCAGGCCCGGACGCUACAGCCACAUUUUGGAUGACUUGUAUAAGACCAAUGCCCUGCCUCCUACAGCCAGACGCAGCCGGAUCGGCGUACUGUAUGUGCCUAAAGGGCGAGACCUGGCUGACAUGCACAUUGUUAUCAAUGGUGAGGACAUGGGAGCUUCUGCAAAGGGGAUCCCUGCCAUCCAGCCUCUCUAUGCUGUGGUGGACGUCUUUGCUGCUACUAAGUGUGUCCAAAUUGUCCAGGUGGAGUAUGGAUUCUCGUCUUUGCAGACGUUGUGUAGGAAGGCCAUCCAGAAGCACAUUGUCCACAGGAUGGCCAUUGACUGGUUGGAGCUGCCAGAGGCACUUAAGCACUACUGCAAGUAUGAAUGAAGGAUACAGACCUGCAACGGACAGAAACAUAAUUUCUGAGCUCUCUCCUAGUUUCUACAAAGAAAAGGAUAUUUAUUUUCAUGCUAGAACUGUGUUUCAUUUAUAAAAUAAAGCUAAAAGAGUUAUGCUCUUGAUACCUGCCAGGCACUGAUGACGUGAACAUCAUUUGAGAUGACAACUAAAAUAAAAUAAAUUCACAGUA